UAUCGGCCUGGGAACGAAUCGCACCAAGUGUGCUUAGCGUAGAAUAAAGAAAAAUGUGCAUUAUUUGGAAUAUUUUUCUACACAAGAUCAAGAGACAGUCUUGUGCUAAGUCGAUCUAAUGGCUUGUGCAGAGUUACAAGAGGAGGAGAGAGAAGUUCUCAUAUCAAUCUAUGAAUCAGACGAAUGUUUCAGCCAAGUCGACGACACCACAUACACAUACAAAGUCGGUGAUAGUGGCAGUCCGACAUCGUUCCUGUUACAGAUCUCGUGGAGUGACUCUUACCCCGGUACCCUCCCAGACAUCUCAUUGGACGCCUUCUACAACAAGCAUCUGAGCCAAAGGUCUAAGGAAGCCAUUGUGGCUGCAUUGAAAAAAGAGGCUAAGGAUAUGAUGGACUCUGCUAUGACUUAUACACUGUUUGAGUUUGCUAAAGAGAAUGGUGAUGAUAUAGCGGUUGUCCCACUUGCUCCUACACAACCCUCUAAAGCGUCUGUCCAGCCCGUAAAGGUGAAGAAAGAAAAGAAAGAAAUCCUGACCAAAUCAGCCAAGAGGAGAUUGGCAGGCAGACUGAACACAGACGGUGAGCUACCCAGAGGAUGGAACUGGGUGGACAUUGUUAAAGUGAGCCUAUUGUGAGAUUAACUUGAUCCCCUCAUUUAUUCUCUACAUGUGCACUACUGCAACCCAUGGAUGGUCCUCCAGCAUCUGAGCAGGACUGGAGGUCAGAGCACCACUUGAACUUUUUAUUUAUACUCUCAAUCAGUUUGUGCUAAAGUACAUGUCAUCAGUCAAUGCUCAUGAUAAAUUUUGCAUUUAUAAAA